CCCACCAAUACCACAGAUUAAAAACAAAAAGCAGAAAUAAAUACGAUUUUUCAAACCACAGUACUGUUCUGGAAAACACAUUUGCACUCGACUAAACGUCAUGCUCACCACUCUUUAAUUUCAGAGAAAGCCAUUGCUUCAUCAGUACCUAUUGACAGGUUCUCUCAAUGGACACUUGUUUAUUGUCUAGUGGCUAUUUCGACAAAGCCAGAGGCAACGUCUUUCAAUUGAAAUGUUUUUGAAGUUCAAUGGGUUGUUUUGAACAUAAUCUCUCACGAGCUACAGCAGGUGAUGAUGAAAUUUGUAAAUGAAGUGCUUGGAAUCCGGAUGGGAUUCUCUUCAGGGAGAAUGAGGUUUUUCUUUUGGCCUUUAGGGACAGGCAUGUAACGUAACCAGGUAAAGGGAAGAGCAGACGCUCCAAACAUGUCAAUGCUCAGUCCUCACGUAAAAUGAAACACCUAGUCUCGGUGUUUUGCAAAAGAAGAACAUAGUUGUUAUUGUUUUUGUCAAAUUAAAAACAUGAUUGGAUUCUAGGUCGUAUUACUUCGCAUCUACCAGCGAUGGUUGCCACACGGGGAGUACUGAUCAUCCUGGGUUUAUUAUGCAGCACAGAAUCAAAGUGUCCACCGACUACUUUUUAUAAGAACUGCUGGAUUCGUCGUUUCCCUGGGAUGUGUAUUGAUAUAGCUGAGUCUCAGUGGAGAGGCGCUCAACUCCUGAAGUUUUACCGCGAAGAUACUGCUCAGAAGUGCAGUAGGACAUGUUGCCUUGCUAGAAAUGUGUCCUGUAACCUGGCAGUCUUUCAUUAUGAGACCACUCAGAACAGUGUUAACUGCUUGCACUUACACUGCCCAACCCUGGAGAGCUGUGUACUCAGCCGGAGACGCAAUACCAUUCUUUACAACAUUACCAAAGGUAUUGACCCAGACCUGCUUGUAUUUGGAAAAUACCCCACAUCAAGUCUCCGCCUGUGGACCAACCUGUCGUCUUCGAGAUUCAACAGCUCUGAUUCCUUCUCUUCGGACAAGAGGCAGUUCCACCGGCUGCCAUCCUCCUCCAACCCUGCACAGACCUCCCCUACAAGUACCCAUGAGAGCCUGCUACCCAGCACUAGCUGGAAACCAAGCAGCAGCAGCAGCACAGCUUCUACCCCUGCACCUACCAUAACUACACGGGCCAGUUCAUCCACUACAGUGGUUAGUGUCCCUAACGAGACCCAACCCACUAUAGGCUAUUCUAGUAGAACCACAACUUCCACUCAAACCUCCACUCCCAGUUCUUCUACCCUUACCACUGCCAGCCUUUCCCCGGAAACCCACCCACAGUUCACCACAGCCUCUCCAUUAACCAAGCCAUACACCAACAUUGCUGUUGUACCGAGUAAUUUUGACAGUAGUAAACAGUAUCCCAAUGAAACCAAAGGCUACGUCAGCAGAAACCACACUUCUGAAGAGGAGCCCAGCACUCUGGCACCAUUCUGGGAGGUAGCGACGGACACGCUGCUGGUUCCCGUGGUGAUUUGCUGUGCCGUAUUUUUUGUGUGCUGUUGCACCGUACUCUUUGGCGCAGGUCGGCGCAGCAGAAAGAGAGGUCGCUACAAGCCGGUGUGGAAAGCUGAUGGGGGCUCCAUGCGUUUGAUAAAAUACGUGAUGGUUAGGGAAAGCCUGUGAUUCUAAACUGAAGGGAAGUUGUGCUUCAUAGGGGUGUGCAAAGGAAGGUUGAUAAUGGUUCCCUUUUAACUUUAGCCUUUUAUUGACACUGCCCCCCCCCCCACUGUAAAGAGCCUUGAGAUCAGCUUUUGUUUACUUAUUUCAAAAGCGUAUUUCUAAAUGCAUUUAUUUAAAAAAGUGUCACCCUAUAUUCAAGAAUAAUUAGAAAUUUCAUUUUUAAUCAUUUUGAAGGCAAUGCCCUACUUUAAUUUCUGUUUCUCUUUCAAAUUUGAGGCAGAACUUGAAGAUGCUCGAUAUAGCCUUUUACAGAAGUUAUAUUUUGCUGUAAAACUGAACAUCACUAUGGGACACAGCAGAUUUUAAAUAAGACUUACAAAAACCCACUCUAGGGUUUCUUUUUGUAUGUAAUACACCAGCAUAGCCAAUAUGCAGGUAUGAUUGCCCAAAAAUGUAUCAGUUCAGUGAUGGCUUCCCAGACACACACAGAGACACUCCACAAGUUCGUGACAAUGUCUUUAAUGUACUAUUUUACUAUGGCAAAGACAUUAUAGGAAAACAAGUUAGAAAUGUACAUUUCGUGAUCAGUCACUUUUUGGCAACUUUCCUAAAUUGUUUACCCUUAGCUCUGAAAGGACCACCCCACUGCCGUGACAACAGAGGGACAUUCAGUUUCCAUGGUAACUCAAUCCUGGCGGUUUUUUCUUUUGAACAAAAUCCACCUGGAGGGGCACUGGACCGGACACAGUGGUCACACAAGAAUGGCUUUGACACAAUCCAGCCUCAAAGUGAACUGAACCCAGGAGAACAGGGGCCUUGAAUGUAAGGCCAUGUGUUAACCCUCCAGCAGGCUUGUGUUGAGACUGAGGGGCCUAGCUUUUACUCUGAAAAGAUUCAUUUUGUGUUACUUGUGUUGAGACAAAAUGAAAAAUGAACGUAGAAAACAUACAAGGGUUUGACAACAACACCUGUGUCAUAUGUAGCACACACAUUUGUGUCAUGAGCUGUCUAAAUACAGUUGGUAGAAAGAAAGCCUGGAGCCUUACUGGUUAUUUUCAAGCCUUUAUCACAUUCCUAUCAAUUACUGUUACUUAACUUAGCCAGGGAAAAUGUGUAUAAUAUAAAUACAUACAAUAAAUGUUAAAAAAUGUCUAUGAUGUCAUUGUACUUUUAAUUGAUUAAUUUCCCAAUUCAAUUGAAAACUGUGUACUCAGAGAACUGUGGAUUUGUCAUUAAAAAGUAGAUUAAUUAAUUAGAACACAGUCACUGAACAUACAGUAGUCAGUUGCUUGUUUCUCUCACUGAAACUCAGUCAAGCUGAAAACUCACAGCAUUCAUUAACUUGUUUUUAUAGCACUGCUUACCAAAACCAAAAGUACUGGAACUGAAAAGUCCUUAUUUUUAGUGUGUUUGUCAACACAGUUUGGCAAUGGUAUUGUAAUGUUUUAGGUGUUAUUGUGUUCAAAUAAUCUGCGGUAAAUAUCAUGUAAUGUUGUAGGUGUUAUUGUGGUCAAAUAAGCCACAGUAAAUAUCAUGUAAUGUUUUAGGUGUUAUUGUGUUAAAAUAAGCCACGAUUUCUCUUUCCUAACAAUCGAUUACAUACCGACUCACCACUUAACGUUGUUUACGAAUUACUUAAUGAGGAACAGAUCUUAUUUUGAUUCAUCAUCAAUUAUUUGUUAUUAUUUACUGCAUGAAUUUAUUUUAGACAACAAUUAAGCAGGGAAAAAGGAGAUCCAAGGCUGACUUCUCUAGCAGACGUAUAACUCAUUUUUUUGGGGAAAACUGUUAUUGUAGAUGUUACCAAACUAAACGUUGACGUUUCUCAAACAAGCACCUCUUCUCUUCAGAUUGUUUUGCACUGCUUAUUGCUACAAGUUUAUUCAGCAAAAUAAAAUCACAGCCUUAAUUUGCAAGGUACUGCCUCUAACACAAACAAAAUAGAUCAGUGAUAAAAAUGAAUAAACACACCAGAUUUUAAAAUAAUCACAUACUGCACGGCUUCAGUAUCAAAGUUCACAUAGCCAGGAAAUUAAGCCUAUAGCUCUAGAAGGUAUAGGAAAAUAUUAUUUACUCAAAACAUCAGUAGAUAAUCUAGUUUAGAAUACUUUAGAGGCACUUAGACAGUUUUAAAAUCUGAAUAAUGACAGAUGUGUUUUAUUAAAUGUGUUGGCUGCACAGUUACGACUAAUGCAGGUUUGUAGCUUAGAAUGAAUAAUGGGUUUGUAUUUAAAAAUGUUACAAGUUGUUUUAUUUUGUUUACAAAUGGCAGUUGUUGCUUAAUUCAAUGUAUAAUGAUUUGCAAAAUAAAUAUUCUAAUUGUUUCAUCAAAUCAAUAGUUGUGCUUUUCAUGGCACAUACAGCACAGGUCUCAAAUGUACAGUUUUUAAAGAAACAUGUCACAGCAAAUAAACACUAGGUUAAAGAAAGCUCUCAGUUUGCUUGCCUUGUCUUC